UGUAUAAAACCAGGAAAUCUGGAACCUUUCAAGCUCACUUGAAAGAUUGUACAUAUCAUUAGAAAGCCUGAGAUGGAUAGCACUAAGCCAUUGGCUAAAGUUGAGGAUCAUGUCUAUGAAGAUAUUGAUCCUAAAAUGGAAUGGGUGAAAGAUGCUGGAUUCGACACCCUAGUUGUGCAUCUGCCAGGUUUUACAAAGCAGCAAAUAAGGAUCCAGGCAAAAAUAGGUGAACAAAAACUCAAGAUCACAGGAGAGAGCCAUCAAGGAGACAAUAAAAGGAUCCGUCUUUACAAGAAGCUUACUGUUUCAUCAGAUUAUGAUCUUAAUCAAGUCCGUGCAAGGUUUGUGGAUGGAGUUCUUUAUAUCAAACACCCCAAGAAGAUAACAAGUCCAACCAAACCAGUGCAGGAAAAUAAUGCAGACCCAUCUGUAGAGCCUCAAAAGCCAGCAAAUGAAAAACCAGAAGACCAAAAUAGUGGACAAGAUCCGGCUGCUCAAGAAGUACCUCCAAAGACCGAGGUAGAAGGACAAACAGGGCGAGAUAUUGAUGAGAAAACAAAUGCUACUUCAACUGAGGCUAACUUGAAGGAUCAGAAGAGUGAUUAUAUCUUGCCUGAAGAGGGAAAGGCCACGGGCACAAGUGAAAAGCAUGAAACUGAUGGCGGUGGUGGCUUGGUAGCAAAUAAAAAGAAGCUGAGAAUAUCAACAACAGUGGUUGUGUCAGCUGGUUUGUUUGUUCUUGUUCUUUUUCUUGUUCUUGGGCUUUAUGUUCAAAAAGCUAUGAGGUCUCACGGAGAAUAUGAGAGCUAGAGGAUCGAAGAACACACUACCUCUUGAUUUUUCAAGUGUGCUUAUGAAUAAAUUCUGCAGGGUGUCAAAACAUGUUUGAAAGGUAAACAAGUUGAAUAAAAGGUCAAAAUUUGAAGAUUA